GUGUAUGUAUAUAGGAAAUUGAUUGAUGCAGAGAGCAUUACUUGUCAUUUGUCAUAUUGUUAUAUCGGCUGCGAUCGGAAAGACGCUAGAAAUGCUUCGAAGCGUUUAAUUGACCAAUCAGGGCAAAGAGAGUAAAGAUUUCUUUAUUCUGAUUGGUUAAUGCAAUGCUUCGAAGCAUCUCUAGCGUCUUCUCGACCACCGUCAUAUCGCGCGUGAAAUCGCGAGAAUCAACGUGAAUGCAUGUUAUGUUUGGUUUUUGUUUACAUAUACAUUACGAAAGAAAUAGCAAAAAAGAUUGACAUUAUUACCAUAAUAAAGAAUCGUUUUGAUUACAAAAUAAAAUGCCAUAUGCUAAUCAACCGUCCGUUCAUAUUUCGGAUUUAACUGAAGAAAAUGUUAAAUUUCAAGUAGAAGAUACUGAAUUGAGUGUUGCAAAUAGCAUGAGACGUGUUUUCAUCGCCGAGACUCCGACUAUGGCCAUCGAUUGGAUACAAUUGGAAGCUAAUUCUACUGUUUUGAGCGAUGAAUUCUUGGCACAUCGGAUUGGGAUGAUACCGUUAAUCAGUGAUGAUGUGGUUGACAGGAUACAAUUCACAAGAGAUUGUCAAUGCAUGGAUUUCUGUCCAGAAUGCAGUGUUGAAUUCACACUUGAUGUUAAAUGCACUGAAGACCAAACCAGACAUGUAACUACUGCAGAUUUUAAAUCCAGUGAUCCUAGAGUAUUACCUGUCACAUCCAGGCACAGGGAAGACGAUGCAAGCGAAUAUGGAGAGACUGAUGAAAUAUUAAUAGUGAAGUUAAGAAAGGGGCAAGAGUUGAAACUUAGAGCAUAUGCAAAGAAAGGUUUUGGAAAGGAGCACGCCAAGUGGAAUCCAACUGCUGGUGUAAGUUUUGAAUAUGAUCCGGAUAAUGCUAUGAGACACACUUUGUAUCCUAAACCAGACGAAUGGCCCAAAUCAGAAUACACUGAAUUAGAAGAAGACCAAUAUGAAGCGCCAUUUAAUUGGGAAGCCAAACCAAACAAAUAUUACUUCAACGUGGAAAGCAGUGGUGCAUUAAAACCUGAAAAUAUCGUUAUGAUGGGGAUCGCGGCGUUAAAAAACAAAUUAUCGAAUCUGCAGACGCAAUUAAGCCAUGAAGUGCAAAGCGAUGCAUUAAGUAUUCAUCAUUAAAUAAAUUUUGAUCUUAGAUAUGUAAAACUAAACAUCUUAUUUCAUAUUUUACAAAAUAAAUAUUUUAAAAAUAAAGCAAAGAAAUUGCAAUGUAUUAUAUUAUUUCAUAUUGGUUUUAAUGUAAUAAUUUCGUAAAAGUCAUGUAAGCAAUGUAACUUCUAAUAUUUCAUUCGCCGCACAAGUUUGUCGGAUCCGCUGUGAUUGGCUAUAUUAGAAUAAAGAAUUUUGAUAGCAA